GGGCUUUGGCGCUUGUUGCCGCGGAUCACUGAGGUGGACAGGUCGAUCCGUGGAGUGAGGUUCGCAGACGUUGGAUGUGAUCUGAUGGUGGAGGACUCGUUACCUGGGGAUGGGGCGGAUCGCUGACGUGGCACUUGUUUCGGUGGAUUGCUAGCUAGUGGUCCAGCAGUCCACCAAAGCCCAUGGGCUGCACGGACCCAUAUGUACCUGCGUGAGCUCUCUGUUAUUUAUUUCAGUACUUUAUCCAUAAGAUAUUGCUAUAUAAAAAGAGUAAAUUAGUUUCUUGAUCCCAAUAAAAUUUACGUUUAGUUUUUUGAUCCUUUUCAUUUGAUCUUGAUUAUUUAGCCUCAAAACGAAUUUCUUCUUGAUUUUAGAGUUAGUUUGACAAGUGAACGGCAUUAAUAGCAACAUGAAAUAAUUUUUUUACCUAGAGCUAAAAUAAGUUAUAAUUUUAUUUUGUGACUGGUGGGACCCUCUAUUCUUCCACCUCCGUCUUCUCCUCCGUCUCGCUUGCCCGACCCCGCUUCGAUGGCCUCUCAUCUUGUCUUGGCCUCUCAUCAUUAUUCUGGAGCUCAACAGCACACCUCGUGUUCACCUCCAGCUCCAGCUCCAGCUCGCCGGCGUUCCUCGCCCGCGCCAUCGCCAAGCCGCACAGCAUCUCCUGCGCGCAGGUCCAGCGCCCAGAACCAGCCGCCGCCGCCGCCGCAGGCGGCGAGGCUGAAGCGCGCGGGCGGCGCGGACUCCAUGGACUGGGUGGCCUCGUCGCUGACACGGCGGUUCGGGAUCUGCACCGGGGUGGCGUGGGCCGGGUUCCUGGUCGUCAGCGUCGUGUCCGAGCAGCUCAAGACUCGCUUCGAGGACGUGGAGCAGGAGCAGGAGCAGGAGGUCGUGCUCCCCAACGGGAUCCGGUACUACGAGCUGCGCGUCGGCGGUGGCGACGCCCCGCGCCCCGGCGACCUGGUGGUGAUCGACCUGCAGGAUUUGAUGCGUUUCGCGUAAUUUCGAGCUUUUCUCGGAGCAGUUUUGGUUGAUUCCGCGGCUGAUUUUGAUGCUUUUGUUUGGUCCCGUAUGCAGGCUCGCGCGGCCGGCGCCCAGCCCCGCAGGCCCCUGGCUGCCGCGGCCGGCGCCCAGGCCCGAGGACGAGGUGGAUCCAGCGACCCUACGUGGAUCCGGCGCCGGCGCGAGUGCAUCCGCCGGCGGGAACUCCAUCGCCGCCCAAAUCUCCGCCGCCGCCAAGAAACCAGCGCCCGAGCACGGGGUAACCUUUUUGGGCUCGCUCCAAAGGGUGACUCGGGUACUCUGGUGUUUUUUGCACGCGCUGGAUGUGCUGGUUUAUAGCAGCCCUGGACGGAAGGAAGCGUCAAAAACCAAAACGAAGUUUGAUUUUGGAUCAGAUAACUAAGUUUAAUUGAGAAAGGGUCGAGAAACUAAGCUCAACUUUUCUAGGCUGAGAAACUAAUUUAGUCAUAUAAAAAACCAGUAAUCAAACAUCUUAUAAAAAAUAGUCAAAUACCUACUAUUCUUGUUGCUCGGACCACAAUUGUGUGCAUAUUCGUUCGUCUUUUCUUUUUGAUCGGAUCAAGGAUGUAUGAAGUUAUCCGAAAAAAGGAAGUAUGAACGAACACGUGCUCUACGUGCCGCGAGCCCACGAGAGCCCGCCGGACCGCAAACUCCACGGCCCCGAAAACACACUAGCGGCGAGCCCAACCGUGUCCCCCCGCCGCCGCGCAGCCAAGAACCCGCAGGCUCUGUGUUUUCAAGGCCACUCUCCGAGCCGUGCGGCAUGCUCGUGGUCCGCUGAGAUAUCCGAUCGCAAUAAUCUCAUGGCCGGCGCCGGCGCCGAGCGGAAGGUCGCGGCGGUGCUCUACCACUACCCGUGCCCGGACGGCGCGUUCGCCGCGCUCGCCGCCCACCUCUACUUCUCCGCCGCCGCCCGCCCCGUCCGCUUCUUCCCCAACACCGUCUACGACCCCAUCAGGAGUGAUUCACUUCCAUUGGAUGAAAUAGAAGAUGUUUACCUCCUUGAUUUCGUGGGACCUCCUGGUUUUGUCGAAGAUAUAGCCCCUAAGGCUGAAAGAGUAACAAUUCUAGACCAUCAUAAGACUGCUUUUGAGAGUUUGUGUGGGAAUUCCACACUUGGGCAAAAUGUGACCAAGGUGAUAGACAUGCAGCGUAGUGGAGCAACAAUUGCAUUUGACUUCUUUAGAAACAAGCUCUUGACGGAAGCUAGCAUCUUAUGGGGUAGUGAAAGUGAUAAAGAUGUAGCUGAGAUCAAAUACGUACCGGACAACAAGGUUGAAACAGUGCACAAGCUUUUCAAGUUUAUUGAAGAUGGGGAUUUGUGGAGAUGGAAACUUCCAAAUAGCAAGGCCUUCAGCAGUGGACUAAAAGAUCUGGAUAUUGAAUUCAACGUCAAUGCAAACAGUAAAUUGUUUGAUCAGUUGUUGGAGUUGGAUCCUGAGCAUGUCAUUUCCCGUGGACAAGUGACAUUGUUAGAGAAGCAAAGAUUAAUAGACGAUUGCCUAGGGAAGUCCUAUGAAAUUUCACUGGGAUGUGGCCAGUUUGGGAAUUGUCUGGCUGUUGAUGCUGAUGCCAUUUCAAAUUUGAGAAGUGAACUUGGACAUCAGCUAGCUAGCAAAAGCCGUAAUUUGAAUCUGAGAGGCAUUGGGGCUGUUGUAUACAAAGUCCCUGAGUUGCAUAAUGACCAGAUGCUGAAAAUAAGUCUAAGAAGUUUAGAACAAGAGGACACCACUUCAAUCUCUCAGGAAUAUGGUGGUGGGGGACAUCGGAAUGCAAGCUCGUUUAUGUUGAGCAUUACAGAGUUUGACCGGUGGAAGGUUGGAGCUGAACCUUCUCAAACAGAAGGUGCUUAAUCAUCUGGCUUUGUUCAUUGUUCUGUACUUCUUUUAAUCAAGAAGCUUUAUAGCGGAGGAAACAGCAGGCAGAGAAAACUUAAUGCAGCUUGUUAAGAGGUUGUAGUGUGGGCACUUGCUUGACAAAGUUUGGAACAAUCAGCGCAGGGCUCUAGUUACUUGGACACUAGCUUAGACUCUGAAUAGGGCUACAGGAGGGCUAGCAUGUACCAAGCUCUUUUAAGUUAUUGAAUAGAUUGCAUUGCAGCGAUUGGCGACUAUAAGCAGUUACAUGCGUCUUGUUACAUGAGUGCUAUCAUGUAAGAAUGUAUCAUCGUUAUAUCUGCCGUGCCAUUAAACUGUCAA